AUGCGCGCCGCGGCACAACGUCCACUACAUGAUGCUGAGCUGGAGGGUGAGCGGGUGCUGCACUUCCUAGAGACCCUCCCCCCCUCCGUCCUCUUUGCGGAGCUGCUGUCAGUAGGCUUUAGCGCCGCGGUGCAGCUGCUAGGGGUGGUAGGCCCCGCCGCAGAGCUGCCUGUGGUGCGGCGGCAGUUGGAGUGCCUGGUGGCAGCAGCGGGCCCUGCAAUGGCACGUGGUGUGGCUGCAGUUGGCAUUGACUGUAGCGUUGACCUGCAGCGACCAUCAGGGCAGGACGGCACUGUUGACAGCAGCUCUGCGUCAGAUGUCGACAUUGACGGCAGCGACGGCCCUCUCCAACGGCUGCCCUCCUGGGUGCCCAUUCUAUAUGGCAGUGGGCUGAGCAGCAGCAGCUUUCGGCGCCUAUUGCUGCUGCUGGGCUGCACUGAGCACGUGGUGGUGGCAGCGCAGUCUCUGCUGCUGCGCCUGGGCCACCCCUUUCCGCAACAGCCUGAGCUGGUGCAGCCACAUGGGCAGGAGCAUGCUUCCGUUGCCAGCGGAUUUGCAGUCAUCGCCACACAGGCGCUGAUUGCUGCUGCCCUGAACGAGCCGGAGCAGCAACCUGUCAACGCCAGUAUACAGCAGCAGCAGCAGUCGCAAGGGGCAUCAGGAGGAGCCGUGGCAGUUGCUGCUGCCAUCGAUCUGUGUGCAACUCAUCGCCGGGAGGUAGACGCUCUGCUGACGCAUCCGCUGGACUGGCAGGACAGCGAGUCGUCAUCGGAUGGCGAGAGCGGCAGCAGCUCCAGCACCAGCAAUAAGCAGUGGCCGGUGCCCUUCCAGCGCGAGUGGCUGCUGGAGGUGCACGGCAGUGGCAGCCGGCGGGGUGGCCCCGCAGGCGGCGAUGACAUUGCCACACGCAGCGCUGUGCUGCAGCGCAUGUAUGUCAAGGCACUGCACUCGGAAGUGCGCAUUGCCACCGCCGUUUCGUGUGAGCCCGCGGUGCCUUAG